AUGACUUCGUUCAGCGAAAAUCUUGAAAUAAGAAGAAAAUCAUCUGGCAUCGCGGCUUUGAUGACCUUGAAUUGCAGCAUACCCAACAGCAUUCCAAUUAUAAACGAACCACCGGGAGUCACGACUAUUCCAGUGGAUAUGAAGAAGAAGGCGCUUCGUUUUGAUAUCAACACAGUCACCAGUGAAUAUGAAUCUGAAGAAGUGAGGGAAAAUAAGCGGAGAAUUACAGACGAAAUAAAAAAGUGA